UCAUUUCAUUCACUCACGGUUUCUGUUUAGACAAGCUUACUUAUUUCAGGACAUGGAAAAUGGCAAAACAGUAAAAAGUAUUUUGCCUAUUCAAGCACUUGGAGAGGACUUGGUAGAAACAGAUGGCAUUAAAGAAACACGCGCUCAUGCACGUGCUCAGAGUUCAACAAGUGCUGCGGUUGUGAUGACAGCCGAUUUAGAAGUGGGCACUGGUGCACGUGCUGAGACAUUAGACAGAGGGUCUGGCUGUGCUGGUUUGGGGACAGAAACAAGUGACGAGCCAAGUUUUCCGGCUCGAGAUGGGGGGUGGGGGUGGAUGUGUGUUUUAGGAUGGUUAACCGUAAACACCAUAGGGGAUGGCAUAGACAGGACGUUUGGAGUAAUCUACCUUAUUCUGAUUGAUAUGUUCGGUUCUAGUGCCAAAUUGACAGGAGGAGUUUUGUCGGUAUUUUCUGCAUGCCGUCACUGUCUAGGUCCUGUGAGCAAUUCUCUUGCAAAUCAAUUCACAGCGCGGAAGGUGGUAAUAAGCGGCGGCCUGUUAAGCAGUCUAGGGAUAAUACUAAGUGCUUUCCCACCAAAUAUCUACUACAUGUUCAUUACCUUUGGACUAAUUGCAGGAAUUGGAGCUGCUCUUUGUUACGCGCCCAGUGCAUUGAUCGUCGGCCAGUCUUUCCACAAGAAACGUGCACUUGCCAACGGCAUUGCCUCCCUUGGUUCUGGGAUAGGGUCCUUGGCUUUACCACCGUUCCUCGCUUAUCUUGUAUAUCAUUACGACUACAGUGGCCAGAUGCUCAUUAUGGGGGCUAUCAUGCUGAACCAGGUAGUAAGCGGGGCUCUCUAUAGGCCUCUGGUCCCCAAGAGAACUGUCAAGACCAUUUCUGAAAAAGAUGCCAAGAGGACGCAGAAAAAGUUAGAAAUGAAACAAAUGAAUAAGGAAAAUAACGAGGAUGAAACAAGUCAAUUACCGUCGCAGCUAUUUGCAGAAUGUACUUUGCUGGAAAGUUGUUCACAAACAUUUGAGAAUCACGCCAAGGAGAACACAAUUUUUGAGAGGAAUGCAGUACUCCAAGAACUGUGCGUAUAUGGCAAUCUCUUAAAAGAUGCGCGUUUUCUGACUUUUGGAUUGAAUUGGACAUUUCUUGCAAUGUGCGCUACGACAAAUGUUAUGUUCUUUGGUGCAAUAGCCGAAGAGCACGGUGUCCCACGAAGUCAGUCGCCACUUCUUUAUACCAUACUGAGUAUAUUUGACAUUGCAACGAGGGGAACUCUUGCUUUCGUAUUUGACCGUGAUCAGGUAAGAUCACUGCGGCACCAUGCUUACAACAUCAGUUUUGUCGUUAUGGGUGUGACGCUUUUUCUCACUCCAGAGGCAAAAACGUUUCCCCAGUUUGCGGUGUGUGCAUUGAUCAUUGGCAUCUCACAAGCGGUCAUCAUGGUGCUCACCUUUGUGGUGAUUGCUGAUCUAUUUGGCCAAGAUAUGCUGACGCAUACUCUUGGACUUGGCCUGCUGUUUUACAGUUUGGGAAUUUUAAUGGGACCACCAAUUGCCGGAUUGCUAAAGGAUACAUACGGGACGUACCGAUACUCAUUCUACUUCAGCGGUUGGUGGGCUAUAGCUGGAGCUGGGAUGUUUCUUUUGAACACUUAUCUCAGCAAGAGGGCAAGCAGACGUAAGGAGAUGGAAUGAGUAAUCUAAAUACCUGCUGGAAAAUCAACAAUUUGCUCUUUUCUUCUAUGGACUUCUCCAGAAAAAUAGGACCAAGAUAAAAACAUUGACAGCAUAGAUUUUAUGCUAUUCGUCGUUUAUUGUUUUAAAAAAAUACAUAGAACAGCUAGGAGUGAAACAAGUUGUUAGUAGUACAUGCAGUUUUGGCUUUGUCAUUCUCCAGCAAUAAAGGUAUCCAAGCCACAAAAAUAUUCACAAUACGUCAAAACAUAUUUGACUUUGUUGAAUGGUUUUAACUCAUAAUCAUUCAUAUCAUACAUGGGCAAUAUCUGUUUAUGCAUGCAUACAUGUACAUUGCAUAAAGGUGGCAAUUCAUUAAUUCGCUAUUCUAGCAUUAUAUGCUCACCUUUAAAAAAUUACAAUACAUGGACUCCUAACUAUUACAUAAAUGGGCCUAAUAGUUAUGAUGGGAAAACAUUUAAGAGAGCUCA